AUUUCUCACUCUGACAUGGCGAGUAAUUGUCGACGCCCAGUCUGGGAGCUCAGUCCGGCGCGGAAAGCGGCCGCCGAGGCCUGCAGGGCAGUGUGGAGGGCCCGGAAGGCCGAGGCCGCCAAGCCGAGGCCCGCCCCUCGCCUCCUCCAGGCAACGUUGUUUCCCGGGCUGGGCGAAAGCAAGAUCGAGGCCGGGGGCGGGCCAGGCCUGCACGCCGGGCAAAGACUACCCCAAGGCCGCCUGCAGCCCCUCUUGGGCUGGCCCCCGGUCGAGGGCCCCCUGCCCAGCGUGGGCAAAGCCGAGGCGCGCCCGGGCUUGUGCGGGCCUUCUUGUAGGGCCAGGAGGAGGCCCCACCCGCAGGGUGAGCUCCGGCCUCUCCUGCUGCCCGCCCUGGAUCCCCCGCGCCAGCCCCCGCCAACCGCCAACAUCCGGGGACUCCACCGGGGACUCUACCAGGAGGAGCACUUCCUGCCGGAGAUCCGGCCGCCAUCCUCCGCCCGGAACCUGCCCAACACUUCCGCCGGCAGGACUGCAGGAGCUAGAACCUUUUCAGGAAGUGAUUGUCCGUUCUCCCAAGAUGGAACAGGAGCCAUCAGGUGCGGAAGACAUGGACCUCUUCAUGGACUUUGAACCGGACAGCGAUGGGGACUCAAACUUGCUCACACCUCAGGGAGGAAGGCAGACUGGAUUUCAACACAAGCCUCUCUCAAGAUAGAGCCACCGACGGACUUCCGGGUGAGCGCCCAUGGCGACGGACAUGGUUCUCUAGGGCUCCAGAGAACUACUCGAUGUUGCGCCAGAUAGAGUCGUUGACUCAACCCCUCGUCGUGGAUCGAAACGAGAGGGGGUUGCAAAGCCAGUAGAACACCCAAUGACCCAAAGCUCCCUCGCUCCUCAAGAGCGGGGGUUCGAGCGGGUCCGGGGUUCUGGCCAGCAAGGCGUUUCUCGUGAAGCUGAGAAACUUGGCACAAGCCAUUCGCCGUGCUCACUUCAAUGCAACGAAGAUGGCAAGUAACAAAUAAAUAAAACGUCCGGAUAAACCGGGGGGGGGGGGGGGGGGUCCGGACAAGAAUGUAAGUAGUUUUUCUUUUGGAUCACUAGCUUCCAAAUAAAGACUUAAAGGUAAAUAAAAAUAAUAAAUAUAAAUAGUGGGAGCCGGGUAAACGGCUAACCACUAAUCAGCUCGUCUCAGCAAGAAGUAAAAGAACAGUCUAUGAUUUAAACAAGAGGUGGAUACUGGCUGAAGGGAAGGUGUUGAAAACAAAUCAAAACAACUUUGCAAUUUGGACUGGAAAGGGAGAAGACUGAUCAAUAAACGAAUUUCUGUGUCUUUAA